UUACCAAGGAUAUAUUCGAGGCGUGCCAGCUCCAAACGUUCAUUCCACUUCGGUCCGCGUUCCGCACAGUUCGAAAUUGAAUGUUCGUCGCAUCGCAAGUGUUUUUGAAAAAAACAUAAGAGUCGCUUAACCACCUGUUUGUGAAUUAAUAUAAUUCAGUGAAUAUGGGUGGGAACAUAUGCUGCUGUAAAGGAGCGGAGCCAGUUGAAGAAGUGGAACAGGUACCUGAGAAAACGAACCGCAUCAUGUUGCAGUACGACGAGGCAGAUGCUGAUAAACUCACUAAUUUUGGGGCGAAGCUGAGCACCAAUUCCGAGGGGGAACAUCGAUUGGUCGAGGUCAAAAAAGAAGGACUGGCCAAACAACUCCAUCUGAAGAAUGAUGACGUAAUAAUUGAACUGAAUGGUGCUGAUGUGACUGACGUAUGCCACGAGUCAUUGCUUCUGAGUCUUCACGAUCUUGGCACUCAAGUUCAAUUUGUUGUGAACAGACGAAAUGAAGGAACACCUCAACAGGGCCGGGUUUACUUUCGUCUAGGACCAGCCGAGGGAGAUGUGGGAUGUGUUGAAGCUUGCAUCGCUUACGAGAAGCACGAAUUUAUCGAUGAAUCAUCUCCUUGCAUGAAUGUUUUCGUCAAUGCCUUUGUACUGCCAACGACAGAGGCUUUCGAGACACUUGGUAUAUAUGUUCUUGACUCAGCGCAACAAACAACCCUGCAGAUCACAAAAGAAAAGUUGUAAAAGAUCUAGAUAUUUCAGGAACUGGUGCUCUAUUCGUGGCGAAUCCUGGAACGUGUGUAAACGUGUGUAUGUAUGAAUACACAGAAUACUCUACCGGCCCCUCCUCCCCCACUGGAACCGUCACUGCUUUUGCUUCUAAUUCAGUGACAACGGAAGACCCUGAGCGGUACGGCCUUAAAUACCAUGUCCCAAAUGGACCCCUUCUAGUGGAGGUUAGUUCAUUAUUUCAAUAGCCUAUAUGCCUUAAAUAUGUAUGAUAGAAAUCAAGUUUGUAUUUAUAUGCCGUUGGCGUGUUUGCACAGGUGACAAAAAAAGGCUUGUCCGCUAAUGAAACUUGCUAAAAUCCACCCCAAAAACCUCCAGAUCUUAUUCCCCUUGUGACAUCAUCUGUCAGUCA